CCGGGAGACAAGCAUUUACCCAUAUCCGGGUUGGAGGAAAGGAAAAAAGUUUCAUUUAAACCCGGACGACAAACUUCAGCAUGAAGCCUCAUUGACGGCGCCAAAGCCGCGGCUGUCAGCAACGCAUUUCACCGCCGAUUUUUACAAGCAUUACAGCGCUAUAACAUAGCUUCGUUUUUCCAUUGAAUAUUUUUUUCCUGCUUGUGUUUUUCCUCUGUCUGUAUUUUUUUGUGUGAUAGUGUUCUGUGCGUCGGUCAGUGUCCCUGUCUAAAAUGUUCAAGUGACAAUGGCUGCGCAAGUGGCAUCAGCACCGACAUGAACUAAUAAUAAGAAUAGCACAUUGUCUGGCAAUUUGGGUCAAGAGAUACAUUCGGGGAAAUCAGGAGGAGGAAAUAUAUCGAGAUCUGGAGAAAUGCUUGGAGCUGUUGAUGGGACUAACACAAUGAAUAAUGUUGAUCACCACCACCGAAAUGAGCUCAACAUGGUCAAUUCAACUUAUUCUCCGAAUAACAAUUCUGACACACCGGAGAAGGAUAGUGGAAAUAACGUCACUUCGUCAGAUUCGACGACCUCUCCGGGGGGGAUGGAAACCGGGUUGAUAGAGAACCAUAAACUGAAAAAUGUUGGGAGCGGAGAUCCUCCUCAGCACCUCACACCGCCGCAACAGCAGUCACAAUUUAACCCGUUUCCUCAGCAUCAGCAGCGCCAGAUACCAAGUAACAACAACAACAACAGCCAAGCCACAAGGGGAGAGAGUGAGAAUCACCAUCACGGAGGGAAGGAGGGUGUUUUGGGGAGCCAGUCAGAGCAGCAGAUGCUAAAUAAAGUUGAUGGGGAUCAUACCUGUAAACCAGGGGAGCGGAUGGGUGCUAGGUAUGAACAUUCCAACUUGGGACCAACGACCAACAACAUCAUCAGCCAGCCCCAGAGCUCGGGAGGAAACGGCGAGUUUAAUAACUACUAUGGCACUUCCAGAGUAGGGCCCUGCUAUGAUCAACAUGGCGGACAACAAAGCACAGGGAUGGGGAUGAUGCACUCUUCGGGACCCAACAACAUGGACCCAGUGCACAACUCCCAAGAAGGGUACCACAACAGCCACUACAACCACUAUCCUGGCUACCGACAGGGCUACUGUGGCGCGGGCUAUGGCAUGAUGUCCCCGUCCAGACAGGGCAGUAACAUGCUGAUUGGCCCUGGCAGCAACACUCCAGCUGGCCAUGUCAAGGCUGCUAUGGGAGCUGCUGCCUGCGGUUCUGGUGGAAGUGUUGGGGGCUUUCAGAGAUUCCCAGGACAGAGUCAGCAUCCUACCGGGGCCACCCCGACACUAAACCAAUUACUGACAUCUCCAAGUCCAAUGAUGCGAGGUUAUGGAAGUGGCUAUCAAGACUAUAACAGUCCCUCUGCACAACAACAAGAUGGCAUCGGCCUGGGCAAAGACAUGACUUCUCAGUAUGGCUCCACAACCCAUGGCUGGCCAGGGCAACAGAGAAAUCACCCGUCCAUGAGUCCUGGAAACGGAGGGCCAGGUAUCAGCAGACCACAGGUGGCCUCUAAGGACUUCAUGGCUAUGAAGCGCUCCCAGCUCUAUGGGAUGGGCAACAACCCCUACUCUCAGCAGCAGCAGGGUGGGCCCUAUCCCAACCAGCCAUACGGAUCGCCCACUCCACACCGAUACCCAAUGGGGUUGCAGGGGAGGAGCCAGGUGGGCAUUGGCGGGAUGCAGUACCCUCAACAGCAGCAGGGUCCCCCCCAGUAUGGCCAGCAGGGUAUAGGAGGAUACAGCCAGCAGCAGCAGCAACAGCAGGGAACGACCCCGGGACCCUACUUCAGUCCCCCCCAGCAGAACCCUACCACCCCCCCUUCACCCCCCUACCUGCAACCCCACGCCCCACCUCAGCAGGAGGCUCCUCGGGAGAGUUACGGAGGCAGGAGUCAGCAGCAAGCCCCAGGGAAUCCUGGGAAGGCCAACCAAGAGGACAUGGGUCUGAUCUCGCAGGACCGCCCCUCCAGCCUCCCAGACCUGUCUGGCUCCAUAGAUGACCUCCCUACAGGUACAGAGGCUGGUCACAGUUCAGCCAUCAGUGCUACAGGCUCCACCAGUAGCCAGGGGGAGCAGAGUAACCCAGCCCAGUCACCCUUCUCACCCCACGCGUCACCCCACCUGUCUGGUCAAGGCAGCGGCCCAUCGUCCUCUCCUGUUGGGUCCCCUGUGGGCUCCAACCAAUCACGCUCCGGCUCUGGCCCCAUCUCCCCUGUCAGCGGCCCAACCACAGCACCAGGUUCCCAGAUGGCCCCCCAGACUCCUGGCAACAUGUUGGAUGUUCCCCACCCCCCCUUGACCCAGUCUCCCAUGCCUCAGGAAAGGGGCUUUAUGUCCAACAUGCAGAGAAACCAGUCUGGCUCCCAGUUUGCACCACCACCUCAGUCGGGGCCCUCCAUGUCCCCUCACCCCUCUCCUGGUCCUGGGGGACAGAUGUACCCAGGGAUGGGGCCCUACCCCCAUGGUGGCUCCAGUGGCCCCUAUGGGCCCCAGGGAUCCCAGGCAAACCAGUAUGGACCCCAAGGAAACUACCCACGUCCACCCAACUACGGCGGGACCCCCAGUGCCAACUACAGCAGCCCCGGGCCAGGUUCUGGCAUGACCAACAGCCAGGGUAUGAAUGCCAGCAGCCCCAUGCACGGCCAGGGUCCCGGGCAGCCUAUGGGCCGCAGUCCUGGUGUGGGCAGCCGCCCCUACCCCAACAUGGCCCCCAGCUCCCCCAGUAUGCCCCAGCCAGCCGGCCCUGGGAUGGGCCCUCCUUCACUGGGCAAUGUCAACCGCAAGGCCCAGGAGGCAGCCGCCGCUGUCAUGCAGGCCGCAGCUAACUCUGUACAGGGCAGACAGGGCAGCUACCCAGGCCCUGGCAUGAACCUGAUGGGAACAGCAGGAUCUGGAGCCCCCUACAACCAGUCACCAGGCAACAACUCAGGCAUAGGCACACCACAGGGUCCGCCCUACAACAUGCCACCCUCAGGGGCCGUGGGGAUGGCUGUGAGUGGGAUGAUGAACCCUGAUGGGAAGCAGAAAACAGGUGGCAAGGAGGAGAACAUGCCCACCAAUGAACCCCCAAAACUAAAGGAUGGCCACAGUGGAUCCCAGUGUGUCUCCCAGCCCACCACCCCUGGUGCCAUGCUUGUCCCCUCUCCCCUGUCCCCCAGCCCAGCCAGCCUGUCCUCCUACCAUGGGGAUGACAGUGACAGCAUCAGCAGCCCCGUCUGGCCAAAGACUCCCUCCAGCCCUACUCAGAAGCUCAACUCGUCCACCAUGACUAACGAACGAAUCACGCGCCUGUACGAUAUGGGUGGGGAGCCGGAGAGGCGUGGCUGGGUGGACCGGUACCUGUCCUUCAUGGAGGAGAGGGGUACACCUGUCCCCCACCUUCCCGCCGUGGGCAAGAAGCCCCUGGACCUCUGCAGACUCUACAUGGCUGUCAGGGAGAUAGGGGGCCUAGCCCUGGUGAACAAGAACAAGAAGUGGCGUGAGCUGUCCACCAAUCUGAGUGUUGGUACCUCCAGUAGCUCCGCCAGCUGUCUGAAGAAGCAGUACAUCCAGUACCUGUUUGCCUAUGAGUGUAAGGUGGAGCGAGGAGAGGACCAGCCGGCCGACAGCAACACUGGGACUGGGGGGGAAAACAGGAAGCAGGCCAAGGUGCAACCGCCCUCUCCUGCUAACUCAGGGUCCGUUCAGGGCCCCCAGACCCCGCAGUCAUCAGGCAGCAGCUCCAUGCCAGAGAUGUCCGGUGACCUGAAGCCUCCCACCCCAGCCACCCCCCCCCCCCAGGGACAGGUCACCCCCAUCCCAGCCAGCAGGAGCAGUGUUGUGAGUGUGCAGGACCCGUUCUCUGAGGUGAGCGACCCAGCCUUCCAGAAACGUAACUCUCUCCCCCUGGUGGGCUCUGGGGGUGUGUACCAGCAGGGGGUCAACAUGCCCCCUAACAUGAUGAUGAGGAUGCAGUACGAGAAGGACCCCUUCGUUGGCAUGAGAAAGGUGGCAGGAGGGGAGCCCUACAUGCCAGGCCAGAUGACCAGUGGUGGCAUACAGGAUAUGUAUGGCAGGUCUACAUCAGGCAUGGGCCAGCGCUCCCCCUACCCAUAUGGACCAGGCUACGAAAGGAGACCAGACCAUCUGAUGGGGAUGGAGGGGAGCAUGGGCCCCCCCGGGAACCAGAGCAACAUGGGACCUUCCAACAGCGAGGGCAGCAUUUACUCUCCCAACAGAUACCCCUCCCAGCAGAGACACGAAGGCUACACGCAGCAGUACCCUGGCAUGUCAUAUGGAAUGCACCCCUCAGGGAUGUACCCUCAACAACAGCGCACCAUGGAGAGCAUGUACGGGUCCCCAGGCAAGAGACAUGAGGGGGAGAUGUAUGGCCCCCCAGCAAAGAGACAUGAGGGGGAGAUGUACGGCCCCCCAGCAAAGAGACAUGAGGGGGAGAUGUACGGCCCCCCAGCAAAGAGACAUGAGGGGGAGAUGUACGGCCCUCCAGUAAAGAGACAUGAGGGGGAGAUGUACGGCCCACCAGCAAAGAGACAUGAGGGGGAGAUGUAUGCCAUGCAGUAUAGGGGCCAGCAGCCUGACAUGUACAACCACUACACCACUGGUUACUCUGGACCUGAGAGGAGGCCCAUGCAGGGCCAGUUCCCCUACCCUUCCCCCUAUAGCCGAGAGCGCAUGCAGGCCUCUGGCCAGGGGCAGCACCCCAUGGGCCCCCAGAUGAUGUCUGGGGGGCCACCCUCUAACAACGGAGUAGAAGGACCCCAGGGGCCCAACAUGUGGCCCUCCAGGACAGACAUGGGUUAUCCCUACCCCAACAGACAGGGGGCACCCUCCCAGGUACCGCCAUACGGUCCUAUGGGGAGAGGAGAUGAUUUGGAGGGCCGACCCAUCCAGGAUGGUCAGUGGCUUGGGCACGGAAGCCAUCGCCAGUCCUCCUACAUGUCAGGUGGUAUGACCCCCAUGUCCUCCCGCCAGCCCCCCUCUGCAUACCAGACCUCCCCCUCCAUGGCCAACCACCUGCCCCGAGCCCCCAGCCCCGGCUCCUUCCAGCGCUCCAUGGAGGCACGCAUGUCCCCCAACAAAGCAGUCUUUAUGGGCUCCAUGAAGAUGCCAGGCAAACCAGGGAUGCCCAUGCCAGGGCAGGGUAAUGGGCACCCAGGCCAAGUCGCACCUAACCAGCUGAGAGAUCUCAACUACCCUCUAGGAUCUGUAGAGGCCACCAUGCCCGUUUUCAAGCCACGUCGCAAAAUUACCUCAAAAGACACUGGAACCCCAGAGGCGUGGCGAGUGAUGAUGUCUCUGAAGUCAGGUCUGCUGGGUGAGAGUACGUGGGCCCUGGACACCAUCAACAUUCUGCUGUAUGAUGACAGAUCUGUGGCCUCCUUCACCCUCACACAGUUGCCUGGCUUCCUGGAGCUGAUAGUGGAGUACUUCAGACGCUGUGUGAUGGAGAUCUUUGGCAUCCUGGAGGAGUAUGAGAUAGGGACCAUCGGCCAGAAUACCCUCCUUGGGGCUGAAGGGAGAAAAAAAGAGGGGGAGAAAGAAGAGGAGGGGGAGAAAGAAGAGGAGGGGGAGAAAGAAAAGGAGGGGGAGAAAGAAAAGGGGAAAGAGAAUGAGGAGAGUGAAAAGCCAACCGAGAGUAAGGAAGCCUCAGCUGAAAGUAAGGAAGACUCUCCUUAUCAGGCUCCUUCAGAGCACGAGCCAAGGCCACAACAGGCCAGCAAGUACGACAAAUUCCCCGUCAAGAUCCUGCACAAAGAGGACCUGAUUGAGGACAUGACAGAGCAGCUGGGUCACGUGACAGAGUUCACUAGCGGACUGCUCCACUGGCAGGCAGGUGGGGGUGAUUCCACCUCCCACAUUCAGGCCCACUUUGAGCGGAGGGGAGAGCACCCUGACAGGAUGGACGGAGAGAGAGAGGAAUGUGCCAGUCUCAAUAAAGAAAAGGACACAGAGGGGGGAAAGCAGACAGAGAUGGGGAUCACUGCCACCAUCGAUGAUAUACUGUGUGCCCGGUUAGGGGCUUUGUCAGAGGGCCACCCUACCCACUCUGCCCCUACCUACCCCUUCAGGCUGCACCAGGGAGGGGGCCACCAGCACAUCACCCUGCUAGAGGACGAGCCCCGCUGUCUGGACGAGGCUCCCAUCUCCACAUCCUCCCCCUGGCAGGACUCCCUGGCCAAACGCUGCCUCUGUGUGUCCAACAUCAUCCGCAGCCUCUCCUUCAUCCCUGGGAACGACUCAGACAUGUCCCGUCACCCAGGCCUGGUGCUGAUCCUGGGCAGACUGCUGCUGCUCCACCACCAGCACCCAGAGAGGAAGAGGAAGCCCCCUAGCUACCAGAGAGAGGAUGUGCAGGAGCGGGGCCUGGCCUGCAGUAAGGAUGAGUGGUGGUGGAACUGUCUCGCUACACUCAGGGAGAACACCUUGGUCACUCUGGCUAACAUCUCUGGCCAGCUGGACCUGUCCCUCUACCCAGAGACCAUCUGCCUGCCCAUCCUGAACGGCCUGCUCCACUGGAUGGUGUGUCCCUCUGCCGAGGCCCAGGACCCAUUCCCCUCAGGCACCCCCCACUCGCCCCUCACCCCCCAGAGACUGGUGCUGGAGUGCCUUUGCAAGCUGAGCAUUCAGGACAACAACGUGGACCUGCUGCUGGCCACGCCGCCCUUCAGCCGCCAGGAGAAGCUGUAUGCUACCCUGGUGCGUUAUGUGGGCCAGCGUAAGAACCAGGUGUACCGCGAGAUGGCCGUGGCCACCCUAUCCAACCUGGCUCAAGGAGACUCUACGGCAGCACGCGCCAUCGCCAUACAGAAGAAUAGUGUGGGUAACCUGAUGGGCUUCCUGGAGGAUGGAGUGAGCAUGGCCCAGUACCAGCAGAACCCCCACAGCAUGCUGCACAUGGCCCACCACCCCCCCAUGGAGCCCCCCAGCAUUAACAUGAUGUGUCGGGCUGCCAAAGCUCUGCUGGCUAUGGCCAAGGUGGAAGAGAACAGGCCAGAGUUUGUCCUGUAUGAGGGACGAAUCCUGGACAUCUCCAUCUCCUCUGUGCUCAACCAGGGGGUGACCAGCAUCAUAUGUGAAGUACUUUUUCAGUUUGUAAAAAAAUUGUGACAGCAGGAUAGACGGACCUGAGCCAAGAGACAGACAGAGAGACGAUGAGAGGAACACGUUAUUCUGUGGUUUUAUAUUUUUAUUUAAAUGAAAUGGAAGAACUUUUUUUUUAGAUAUAAAUAUAUAUAUAGCUCCUCUGCCCCCAUUAACGCUUUGGUUUUGGGAUUUGAAAGAUGAUUUUAAUACAGAUAUUUAAUACCUGCUGUUGUUUAAGUGUAUAUUGUUUGAAUACUUAUUAUUUCUUUGUUUUCUUUUGUUUAACCAAAGCUGGUGCCAGAUUUUGGAGAGGAUUCUUUCAUUUCAUUUUUCUCCUUUGAAAUGUUUUGGAAUUGUAUAAAUGUUCAUAUCUGUAUUGACCAUAUGUGGUUUGUUUUGUUUACAAAGAUCAUAUUUAUUUAAAUGGUGAAAAAUAUUGUAGAUAAAACUUAACUUGCCAAACUUUCAGAAAAAGUGAACACUGAUUUUAAACAAACAUGUAAAUGUUUCAAUUGCUGGAGAAAAAUGUGCAAUAGACCAAGUGCGAGUUGUCUGUUCAUGGCACUUGCAAUAUGUCAUUUUGACCAUGGGUAGGCAGUGUUGCAUCAGCCAAUUAGAAUUAUUUUUUAACCGUGUCAAAUGUCUGACUUGGUUCAUUGUUGUCACUCAUUGCUACUACAUCCGGGAGUCAACUUUUUCAAAAGAACAGUAUCUUAAGCACCUGUGUUGCAUUUGUUUUAUUUCCUUUUUAUCUGAAGUUGGCACUAUGUACUGUAUAUAGACUUGUACAUUGGAACCACUUUCACUUUACAUUCACUAUCAAAAAAAGUGUCAGAUUAUUACAACUACUUUUUAUUAUUGGUGAGAUUUGUUAUUGUUAUUAUACAUAUUUUGUUAUUGGGGUCAGAUAUUUGAACCUGGAGGUUGUGUAGGUCUCUGUAUGUAUAACGUUCCUCUACGCAUUGUACUAUAGCUUCAAGCUGAUCAAAACAAUAUUUGGUCAUCAAACGUGAAAGUGCCAGGGUCAGGGAUAAGUCGCUGAGGUUACAGAACUUGUGAAUAUAUUUAUUUUAUUGUAUGUCCUCCAUUCAUGUAAAUGGGUAUAUUUUUGAGCCAAGACAAUGUAGUUCAAAAAUAAACCUCAGAAAAGAACCCACAACACACACAAAACAUGACAACUCAUUGUAAAAUCUGCCUUUUUCCUUCUGACUCAUUGACUGUCUUUGACUUGAUAUACAUAUUUAUACUCUGUGUUCCAGCAUGUUAUGAAUAAAAUGUACAUUGACUAUUUGAGAGCUUGGGACUGUAACGUUCUAUCUGCAAAAAGAGCGCACACUGGUGACUGUAACUGUGCUGCUAGCAACAAUUGAAUUACGUUUUUUUUGCCAACGUUUAGUGACAACGGCCCUAUUCAACAGGUGUUGGUAAAUUCAUCAGUUAUUCUGUACCCUGGCACACUCUGAAAUCAGAGUAGAUAGCCAGAGUGAAUUUACAAACGCACCCUGUAUAGAUAGAGAACAUUGAACAGAACAAUAUGUUGAUCCAAUUGGAGAUAGAACUUUAUAGUCCCAAGCUCUCAUAUUGUUAAAGGCCCAAUGCAGCCAUUUUUUUUAUCUCAAUAUCAAAUCAUUUCUGGGUAACAAUUAAGUACCUUAAUGUGAUUGUUUUCAAUUAAAAUGGUCAAAAAUAAACAAAAAUAGCUUCUUAGCAAAGAGCAAUUUCUCAAGCAAGAAUUCUGCUAGGACUGUCUGGAGGUGGUUUGAGUGUGGAGAGGAAAACUGAAAACUACCUGUAAUUGGCAGAGAGGUUUGGAACUAUCUCUCU